UUCCUCCGUGCGCGCGCUCGGGUCUCCGCUGUCGCCUAGCGCCUGCCUUGCUCCCCGCCGAGCGCGGCCAUGCCCGAGCCCCUGGCACGCCCAGCCCUUGCCAGCUACGAGGGGACGCGGGCUUGAGCCGAGCCACAGCCGCGAGGCCUGGUGCGCGGCCUUUCCCUCUGCGGACGCCGUCUGCCCGGGAAGCCCCCCGAGGGGAAGCACAGCCACGAUGGGAAGCAGCCUGCUUUUCCUCUGCUCUUUCCUGGUUCCAGGGAUCUUGGCAGAGGCGACCGAGCAAGAGAAAGAGAAGGAUCCCUUCAACUAUGACUACCAGACCCUGCGGAUUGGCGGCCUGACCUUUGCCGUGGUUUUCUUCACGCUCGGGAUCCUGCUGAUUCUGAGCAGGCGAUGCAGGUGCAGCUUCAACACAAAGGCCAGGGCUCCCGGUGAUGAGGAGGUGCAGGCUGAGAACAUGAUUGCGUCAAACGCAGCACCACCACCACCACAGAAAGAAGAGAACUGCCCAGAUUCCUCUCACUGGGGGGACCUGGACCAGGGGCGGGGGGCGGGCGUUGGAGAGCUGGAAAAACCCCAGAAGAGGCGUCCCCAUCAGACGCGCGAGGGGGUCCUGCCUUGGGCGGGAGCGGGCGCCCUAUUUAUUGCCCCGCGCAGUUGCUCUCCAGGCCUUUCCGCAGCGAGAUCCGGGCGCUCGUGGACAAAACCUGCGGGUGGCGCGAUGGGACCGGCUCCUUUCUCCCCCACCGAUGUGGCAAAAAAUUUGCCGGAGACCGAGAACGGCCUCUUUUCUUACGACUACGAGACCGUCCGUCACGGGGGGCUCAUCUUCGCCGUGGCGGCCUUCCUGAUCGGGCUCGCCAUACUCUUCAGUCGGCGGUUCCGCUGCGGAGGGAAGCAGCAGCAGCGGCGGUGAGUAGCCCUGGCCCCAUUAUCCAAGCCUUCCGGGCCCGGGGACUUUCCUGAUCUCCGCCUGCUCUCCCACCCCCUUCUCUCUCCAGACCCGGCGAAGGGAACGAGUUGUAAGCCCGGCUCUGCCCAGCGCCCCUUUCUGCGGGCCUCCGGCUCCCUCUCGGAGGGGGACGGGGAGUGAGGGCGGUUGUAGCACUACUGCGGCUGGGGUGCUUCUUCUCUCCCGGGAGCAAGAGGCUGCGGGCCGUGCAGUUACCACUUCUUGCUCCGAAGGCUCAAUCGGAAGCGUCUCCGGGCGCGCGUCCGAGGAAGAGAUGCGCCUAAGCCGCGCUUGAGUGCCGCCGCGCAGCCUCUGGCCAUGAAAUAAAGCGCCGCCUCCCAAAUCGGGUUU